AAUAUUGACGAUGAGUGCGAUCAACACGACAUAGCGUUUGUUAAAAUAGACGAUGUGGAAGUGUCAAAACGGUUUGGCAUCGAUUACCACGAAUUACCCACAUUGGUUUACUUUGAGAACAAAAUUCCAAACUUUUACCAAGGUGAUUUGAUGGUCGAGGAGGAAGUGCUCAAAUGGCUGAUCCAUCAGAAGAGCGCCGACGAGAUCGAGGACGUGUCGGACGUAGUGUUGGACAAUAUGAUAGACUCGUCCAGCUUUUUGGCCGUAUUAUUCUACGAUAGGGACGAUCCGAAAUCGCAGGAAGUGCUGAAGGAAUUGGAGAACAUCGACGACGAGUGCGACGAGAAGGGCAUACUAUUCGUGAAGAUCGACGACGACUCGGUGGCCAAAGGGUACGGCAUCGACGAC